AUGCCCCCAGUCAAGGACUAUAUCAUCGAUCUGACUAAGGACGAUGGUUCUGACGAGGAGCUUCCAAGGCUCAACAACCCAACGCGAAGGUCUACGGUGGCUGAGCCCAUAGAAAUUUCGGAUUCGGAAUCAGACUCUUCCUCACCUCAGCCGUUGGUAUCUCAGCCAAAGCUGAAAAUACUCCCAGCGAGGUCGGAAACCAGGAAGAGAGGUGGUGGACAUAUAGGACGUGAAGCACGUGCCUCGAAACGUGUCUCGACAAGACCAGGAAGUUCUGACGGCGAAGCCUCUACACAGUCAAAUUUACAGUUUAAGACUUCACCAGUAACGGCUCAGAGGCUACCAGCUUCUAAGUUUGCCCCUCCAGCAAAAUUCAUAAAUCCACAGACCAAGGGGCUCUCAAAAGACUCGGCCACACAGUCUGAAGGAUCGAUUCCCUUUCAAUCAAGUGGACGUAUAAUCAAAGCCAAGUCCUCUCGGGAACUCAAUUUACAGAACGAAUUCCCAAAUCUUCCAGGGAUAAACAACUUUACCAUUCCAAAUCGCCAGAAAGCACCCCGUCGUGAAGUGCGCCCGUCUCGUGAGGUCACACAGCGUUUAAGUACCGUAUCUUCCAAAGUUUCAGAGGCUGGCAUCAGUCAAGAUGAACGCACUUCUUCUUCAUCUUUGAGCUUUGGGUUAUAUAAAGUGAAGUCUUCAGGAAAACGAAGAGCUCGGUCCAACGGGCGAGAUGAUCCCGCCAUUGAACGCUUGCUUAUGCUGGAAGACCUUCGAGGGUCUCAAGAUUUAAGUUCAAAAGACAUUGAUCCGCCAACUAAUGAAGGAACUGGGGUACCAAAUUCAUCUUCUGAUAGUCGAGAAGCAACACCGUCCUCGGAGUUGCCUAGUGCAUCACAACCAAAAGCAAAUGCUAAUACAAUUACGUCAAAGUCUCUCCGUUCAAAGGAUAAUAUACAUAUUACGACCGCUGAGAUUCAGGAGCUGCUUUUGGAAUUCGUUCAAGAGCUACGAGACAACCAUUCGGCAACAGUGGAUAUAUUACUUCGAAGUGCGAGGACGCAUAUUCAAUCAGUCACGAGAUCGUAUGAUGAGGUGUCACCAUUUGCCGCAAUGAAGAGUGUGGAGAUUGAUCCUGAUGAUCGAAAAUCCUCCAAAAAGGCUUCGAUUGCGGUCGAUACAUUUACGCCCAAUGGCGGCGCGAAAUAUCAUAAAACACGAACUAGGAUUCUAACUAAAUCUUUCAAAUCAGAGGUAAAACGUGUUCCUCGAUACGGAGAUGUAACCAUGGUCCGUCGAAAUAUAUUAACUCCGGAUGGUGAGAAGCUCCGAUUCAUUCCAUUUCUGGAGAAUGAUGAGGAUCCGGUUGGGAGAAAUGGACAGCGAUUACAAAAGGAGCUUCAGUCUGCCUACAAAACAGCUGAUAACGAAUCUAGUAGAGAUAAGGAGGAUCGUAACCUACUUUUCUCAAAUCUCGACUGGUGGCUCGAGGAGCUUCCUAUGCCAUGUACGAGACGAAUACUAGAGCAAUACCUUAUAAAGGAAGAUACGGCAUUAGGAAAGAGCUUUCGAGAUGGCCUCCUAAAAGGACUAGGAGGCACCUUGCCCCCAGCUCUUCACAAAAUGGCCUCUCGCUUCUCAGACGCUUGGCAAAUUGUCCAUAGAAUUUCCCUUCGAGAAGUAAUCUUGUCGAAUGAGCGAAUCCUGGAAUUGAGCGAACUUAUUCGAAAACCAAAUCGCAAAAGUCUCGAUGCAAAUGCCACUACAUCGCCACUUGCUCAUUUGGAAACGUACAUUACUUUAACUUGUCAGAUUUGCUCCGCGGUUGAUUGCCAAAGCCACGGAGAAUAUACAUGGGAGCGAGCACCCGAAUUUGGAGAUGAAGGCCAAAAAUUGCAGUCGGAGAAUAUGAAUUAUCUGACUGCUCCACAGCGACUUACUAUGCAACCAGCUGAGCUACUGAGAAAGUACAACGAGAGAGUAGCUGUAGAAGAAGAAGAGUCUAGCUAUAACGACAAUGUACCUAAAAAGUGCUCCCCCGAAUGCAGGCAUUCCUCACGGAGUCGACCUAGCGAUUCUCCAGAUUUUAGUCCACCACAGUUGGAAAAUAUUCAUCUAAUGACGAUUACAAUCAGGAAUCGACAACGUCGAUCUUGUACCAUUGCAGAGGCUCUUAGUCUGCCCUGCUGGAAAGUACAUGCAGAGAUCGAGAAGUUUGAAAGUGAAGGUGGUUUGGAUUUACAUCUAGAUCAAUCACCUGUCUCCCACGCCCGUGCCAAACGUCCAGAGUGGUAUGACAGUAGAAAGAAAACCUUAAAAGGAGACUGGCAAAAAGUAACUUCUGCUCACGCUCAUGAAGAAAUGAGCCAAGCGAAUCCAUGUACCCAUUCGGGGCCAUGUUCGACGUCUUGUCCUUGUGUUGAAGCCAACAUACUCUGCGAAUCUUUCUGUAGCUGUCCGAAAGACUGUCCCCGCCGCUUUACAGGAUGUUCAUGUCUACAACUUACCGGGCUAUGUUGCAACUCCGAAAACUGCAUCUGUAUCCAACUGAACCGCGAAUGCGGUCCCUUAUGCAACUCCUGCGGCGCCGUCGAACGCAUCAACCCAGCCGUUCGCUACGACGAUACACUCUUCGAAACCGGCUGCCAGAACGUAUCCAUCCAGCGAAACGUCUCCAAACGUCUCAUCAUUGGCGAAAGCGAAAUUGCUGGAUUCGGCUGUUACACCGCAGAAGCCAUUCGCAAAGGAAGCUUCGUGAGCGAGUAUAAAGGGGAGAUUAUAUCCAAUCUCGAAGCCGACAGGCGGGGUAUCGUCUACGACCGCAAAUACCUCUCUUUUCUCUUCGAUCUCAAUAGCGAAUGGGUCAUCGAUGCCGCACGGUUCGGGAACAAAACGCGUUACUUUAAUCACGCGGCGACUACCGCAGACGGGCUGAACAUCGAAGCUAAAAUCUACUGGGUUAACGGGGAGCAUCGGAUCAAAUUCGUCGCGUUACGAGAUAUCGAACCGGGCGAAGAGUUACUAUUCAACUACGGCAAGAAAUUCGCUGAGAAACACGGCUUGGAUAAGAAACUACCGAAGGUGAGGGAGAGCACGAAGAAAGGUGUUGUGACCGGGGAAGAAGCGCUGGAUUUGUUGGACGGCGUGGAUAAGAGGAGGAAGGACCAACGCGGGGUUUUUGCGGAGAGCGGGACGGGGACGGGGAUGGCGAGGAAACAGCAGAAGGCGAGGAAGAGCGCGCCGAAUUUGGGGGGGAGUGAUGAGGAGGCUGAGGAGGAGAGGAUCAGGUUGGAGCUUGAGGAGGCGGAGGAUGAUGAGGAGGAUUAUGAGGAGGGGGGACCGCCGAGGAAAUCGACGAGACGGAGGAUGAGGCCGUUGAAGUAUAGUAGAUGA